AUGGAUGGGUCCGAAUGGAAAGCAGCACUUCGACUUCAGAUUGAGGCCCUUGCGAGACGUAACGAUCUUCAUCGACGAUGCAAUCGAGAUUCAAUUCGCUCCCGAACAGCGGAAAUGGACAUAAGGAUCGUCAAAUUACGAGAGCUUGUCGCCUCAGAUGCUAAUUAUGCAGCUCAGUUCUACUUGGAAUGCGUUUGCCAUGCAGAUGAAACGGAACGGAUAUUGAACAGGUCGACCGAUAUGUCGUUAACAUGUUUGGGAUUCAUCGUCGGAAUUGGCAACAUGAUGCGAUUUCCAGGGAAAAUCUGCGAAUAUGGAGGUAUAUUCUUUCUUCCGUAUAUAUUUUGUCAGAUUUUUAUUGGUUUUCCCAUGGUCUACCUCCAUCUGUGUAUCGGGCAAUACGCAGGUCAAACAGCUGACAUUGCAUUUCAACGUCUCAUGCCUAUUACGUGUGGUCUAGGAUGGGCCUUUGUGUUCGCUGCCAUUCCUGUAAUCAUCUACCAUAACACUAUUCUUGUCUGGUCACUUCAAUAUCUAUGGUAUUCAGUGCUUUCUGUGAUGAUAAAUGAAGAUCUGCCAUGGGAAAAUCGAUUGCUUGAAUUCCGCUUUAGGAUUUUUCACCUUUUGAAUUCUUUUCUUAUCCUCACAUUACCUCAACGCCACAUCGUUCUUGCCCUUACGGCCGCAUGGCUAUUGGUGUUUGCAGGCGUUUGUCGCAGUACCACAUGGAUGGCGUGGGCGACUCGUAUCACUGCCACUAUACCCUACCUUAUGCUUUUUAUUCUCCUCGUUCGAGGUCUUUCACUACCAGGAGCUGGUGUUGGAUUGACAUUUCUGUUCUCCUCGAUGUGGGCAGCUGCUGCUGAACAAGUCUUAUUUGAAAUAAGCGUGGGCACCGGUGCACUGUUCUCCAUAGCCGCCUAUAGCCGUUUCCGUAAUAACGUCUACCGUGAUGCGGCACUCCUGAUUACGAUGAAUGUCCUGACAUCACUGCUCGUUGGCAUGGUAUUGUUCUCAUUUUUGGGACUGUUAUCAAUAUCAUCUGAGAUUCACAUCAAUAAAAAUUCAGGUAACGAUCCCUUCUACAUGGUCUUCACGGUGAUUCCCAGUAUGACAAAAUUAAUGCGAUGGGGUCCUCUAUGGAUGAGCAUUCUUUUUGCCACGAUCGUUUUUACGGGUUUAGUAUGGGACACUAUUACACACGCAUGGUCUGAGGAUCAAAUCUCAGAUCGAUACUCGUCCAGGUCAACAAAGCCUUCUCUUAAGGUCGCAGACUCGUCUGGGAAGGUAAAAGUACUGACUUGUACAUUGGUUGGCCACCGCAAGUCAUUACAGAGACUUUAA